AUGAAUUUAAUAUCAGCUACAGUGUUCGUCGGUUUCGCGGUAGUAUUAUUGGCAGUUUCGAGUUUCGUCGACGGCAGACCAGGUGAUCUUAAUCUCAACGACGACCUUAACCGUGAUUUCUAUAAAGAAGUCAAACAAUUGCUGGAUUCUGCAUAUGAUAAACAGCGGAGAUCAUCGGCUGAGACAAGAGCUAGUGAAUUAUUUUAUAAUGAACAACCAAGAGAAGUGACUCAAAAACCUCCAAGACCUGUGGAAGUUCCGGGCUGGCCCAAAACGGAACUGGCAGUCGGCCAAAUAACUGCGGUCUCGAUCAAUUCUAAAGGACAACCUGUUAUCUUCCACAGAGGAACUGUCGUAUGGGACGAAGGAUCAUUCAACACGACGUAUAAUUAUCAACGUGCACAACAAGGGCCAAUAGCCGAAGACACCGUGUUUACACUAGAUGAAAACACAGGUGCUGUGUUAUCAUCAUGGGGAGGUGGAAUGUUUUAUAUGCCCCACGGACUCACUGUGGACCAAUAUGAUAACGUGUGGGUUACCGAUGUAGCUCUACAUCAAGUAUUUAAGUUUACCCCAAAUGUAGAAUUUCCCACCCUUACUCUCGGAGUGCGUUUCCAGCCCGGUACGCGUUUGCCACAUUUGUGCCAACCCACCUCAGUAGCCAUUUCCAGGACAAGAGAAGAACAAAUAUUUGUUGCUGAUGGCUACUGUAACAAUCGCCUGCUUCAAUAUACAAAGCACGGCGAAUUGAUUAGGGUUAUUCCCCAACCACCAGAGUUUCUAUCAUUGCAAGUGCCUCAUUCCUUAGCUCUGGUGGAGUCUUUAGACAUGAUUUGCGUUGCUGAUCGAGAAAAUAUGCGUAUAGCCUGCCCUCGAGCUGGUUUGCGCGAAGUGGAUUUAGUGACCAGAUCAGCACCAGCCUAUACGAUACACCAACCUGACCUGGGAAGAGUGUUUGCCGUUGCUUCUUAUGGAGAUCUUGUGUAUGCUGUUAACGGCCCCACGUCGCCUAUGAUACCCAUACAAGGUUUCACGAUAGACCCCCGAACGGAGACCGUCAUAGACCAUUGGGCACCCACAUCACAUGCCUUUGCCAACCCGCAUGGGCUAGCCGUGAACCCAGAUGGAAGUGCCAUGUAUGUGGCAGAAAUUGGACCAAAUCGAUUAUGGAAAUUUAUGUUGAACGCUACAGAAUAAAUUAUAAAGUUUUCCAGUAAUG